AUGCCGAUCACAGGCGUCUAUUUCAUCCCGUCAGCACCAAAUGCCCAGCCAGCAUUGGCUGCCAUCACCGAGCGCCUUCGCACUGCAUUUGCAGACGAGGACCUCAUCCCCCUCGGGUACUGGAAACUCGACCAUAAAUUAAUGCGCGACACUCCAGGCCUCCUCCCGGCCUCCGCAAAUCCCUCACAGAAGCCCUCCAAACCGCGGUACAUGCAAUUUCUCUCGCUCACCCACUACCCAACUCAUGGUUUCGUCUACACCUCCGAGACUGCUGAAAAGCAAUUCCACCCGCCCAAUGUAGCCUCAGCCUCGCCCACGCCCUCCGCUCCAGGCCCAGGUGCAACCAGCCCAUCCGGCGCGACGCCCGGCGCUGCCGCAACGCCCAUGCAGCCCGGCGCGGGCGCGGCGACAGAUUUGCCAAUGAUCAUGGCGACAGUGGCGCCGGCAGCGUAUUCAACUCUCUUCCAGCACUUCACGUAUGCGUGCCAGCCAUUCUGGUGCCAUCGGCUGACGGUCAGCGUGCCGAACGGGAUGGCCUAUGAUGUGGGCGACUUCCGCGUGCGCGUGGGCGACGUGCGACAGACGUUCCCGACGGUGCGGGUUCGGGGCACGGUCGUGGAGAUCGAGUGGCGCGGGCCAUCAGUCGUGGACGCGGUUGCGGCAUCAACGCGGGAGUCACGCGCGGGCAAGACCGGUUCUGGGGAGGACGCAGACUCGGGAAUUGAUGUGUCGGUGUUGGCGGUUGAAGAGGGCGACGUGGAGGCGGAGUAUGCGGCGACGGCGGUGUUGAUCCGUGAGUUGUGGGCCCGGAUUGGGGUCGAGGGUGCGCGCGAGGCAAUUCUGGUCCCCGGAGUUGGGAAGGAGAUCAAGGAACAAAUGGUCCGGUAUCGUACUGGAAAAGAGGAGACGCACAAGCAGCCUGAGUUUGUGGCGAGUUGGAGCGCGGCGCCGCAGGAGAUGGAUCCGAAUCCGCUGGCUGGAACGGAUCUUGCAAGGCAGUAUAUGGAGGUGCUGCGAUUCAAUCGAUAG